GGUUUCUCAUCCAUCUUCCAUCCAUUCGAUUCGGCGGCCACUCCGCAAAACCCCCACUGGCAAUGGCGCUCUCCUACUCGCUCGCCGGCACCCGAGCAGCCUCCCCCUCCCUCCCCUCCUUCCCCUUACUCCGCCGCCGCAACCACCACCGUCUGCCGCCCCUUGCCACAACCGCGCUCCAGCUCCCUUCCACCCAGCGAUGGCGCCGCUCGCUCCGCUUCUGCGCCUCCUCCCCCUCCUCGUCGCCCCCGCCGCCCGUGCCAUCCGAGGACGAGGAGCCCAUGGACUACGAGCUAUCAGAGACGACUGGCAAUUGUGACCCUUUAUGCUCCGUGGAUGAAGUUAGCUCACAGUAUUUUGAAGCUAACUACAAGCCAAAGAAUGAUCUUGUUAAAGCUUUAACUAUCCUUGCAACGGCUUUGGCUGGGGCAGCUGCAAUAAACCAUUCCUGGGUUGCUGCUAACCAGGACAUUGCAAUGGUGCUAGUAUUUGCUCUUGGGUAUGCAGGUAUCAUUUUUGAGGAAUCACUGGCAUUUAACAAAAGUGGAGUUGGAUUACUGAUGGCUGUUUGUCUAUGGGUUAUCAGAAGUAUUGGGGCUCCCUCGACUGACGUAGCUAUUCAAGAGCUGAGUCAUAGUACUGCUGAAGUUAGUGAAAUAGUGUUUUUCUUGCUCGGUGCAAUGACCAUUGUGGAGAUUGUUGAUUCACAUCAAGGUUUUAAGUUGGUGACUGACAAUAUAUCUACUAGAAAUCCUAAAACACUUCUCUGGGUGGUUGGCUUUGUAACUUUCUUUUUGAGUUCUAUCCUUGACAAUUUAACUUCGACUAUUGUGAUGGUGUCAUUGCUCCGGAAACUAGUACCUCCAUCAGAGUACCGAAAGUUGCUAGGUGCUGUUGUUGUAAUAGCAGCUAAUGCUGGGGGUGCAUGGACACCAAUUGGUGAUGUGACAACCACUAUGUUGUGGAUUCAUGGUCAGAUUACGACCAUAAAAAUAAUACAGGGCUUGUUUGUCCCUUCGGUCGUUUCGUUGAUGGUCCCACUGGCCCUGAUGUCCCUUACCAGUGAAGCAAAUGGAUCGUCUCAGACAUCUUCAAGUUUGCUAUCAUCAGAGCAAAUGGCUCCUCGAGGACAACUUGUAUUUGCUGUUGGACUUGGAGCCCUAGUGUUUGUUCCAGUGUUCAAAUCUCUCACUGGAUUGCCACCUUUCAUGGGGAUGCUCCUUGGUCUUGGGAUUCUCUGGAUUCUGACAGAUGCAAUACAUUUUGGAGAAUCUGGAAGGCAGAGAUUGAAAGUUCCACAAGCGCUUUCACGGAUUGAUACACAAGGAAUUCUAUUCUUCUUAGGUAUUCUGUUGUCGGUUGGCAGCUUGGAAGCUGCAGGGAUUUUGAGGCAGUUGGCGAACUAUCUUGAUGCCAAUAUUCCAAACGCUGACCUCAUUGCAAGUAUCAUUGGUGUAGCAUCAGCAAUUAUAGACAAUGUUCCACUUGUUGCUGCAACCAUGGGGAUGUAUGACCUGACUUCAUUUCCUCAAGAUUCAGAUUUCUGGCAGCUUGUUGCGUUCUGUGCUGGUACGGGUGGUUCGAUGCUUAUCAUCGGCUCUGCAGCAGGAGUGGCUUUUAUGGGAAUGGAAAAGGUGGAUUUCUUUUGGUACCUUCGCAAGGUGAGCGGUUUCGCGCUUGCAGGUUAUGUAGCCGGUAUCAUCACCUACCUAGCUGGUCAAAACAUCCCUCUAUCUCUUCCCACUUCACUGGCGGAGAUCCCGUUUAUCACGGGUUCAUAAAUGGUUGGCCACGGUGGUCCUGUACUGUAAGAAGGUGUUACUGAAGGUCGAGAAGAACACGCGAGCACACUGGCAGCAAAGAAACGAGUUUUAGAACCUGGUCACUUGGCUCAUGAUAUAUACGGGUUGAAAUAAGCGAGUCGUGCCCUGAUGGCCCCUUUGACAUUUUGUGUAGUGGUACUGAAAGGCUCGGUGUGGUGCCGAUGCAGGUCAAAUGUGGUAGGCUAGAGCAGAAUGGUUAUGUAAAUUAAGCUGGUAACUGGUCUCCAAAAAAAAAAAAAAAAAAAACUGGCAGUUGUCCCUGUCAAGAGGGAACAAAGACAUGUACGUACUCUGAACUCGUAUGACCAGUUUUGAGCUGUCUUGCCUGUUGUAACCAUCGGCUUUUGUGGUGAUGUUUAUUGGGAAGAAUGAAGCGAAGUGAUGUGUA